GAAUGGUAUUUAUUCAGAUAGAUCAUUAUAGGACACUGAGCACCCUGGAUAGAAGUGGAAGAGAUUCUUAAGUGAGAAAGAAACUUCCAAGGCUAGUUUGCCAAAGAAAAAUGGGCACCAAGGGCAAAGUUAUUAAAUGCAAAGCAGCUAUUGCCUGGGAAGCAGGCAAGCCCCUCUGCAUAGAAGAGGUCGAGGUAGCUCCCCCCAAGGCUCAUGAAGUUCGCGUCCAGAUAAUCGCCACUGCCCUGUGCCAUACUGACGCCCAUCCGAUCAAUCCUAAGUUUAAAGAGGCCCUCUUCCCAGUGAUCCUUGGCCAUGAGGGCGCAGGAAUUGUGGAAAGUGUUGGGCCAGGAGUGACCAGUUUCAAACCAGGUGACAAAGUAAUUCCACUCUACAUGCCUCAAUGUGGAAAAUGCAAGUUCUGUCUGAGUCCACUCACAAAUUUCUGUACAAAACUCAGUCUAGUCAAAAAUCCUAUUGUUGAUCAAGAACUAAUGGAAGACAAAACCAGCAGGUUUACCUGCAAAGGAAAACCAAUUUACCAUUUCAUGGGAACCAGCACCUUCACUCAGUACACUGUCGUGUCAGAUAUUAAUCUUGCCAAAAUUGAUGAUGAUGCAAAUUUAGAGAGAGUUUGUCUGUUAGGAUGUGGGUUUUCAACUGGCUAUGGAGCUGCAAUCAACACUGCCAAGGUCACCCCUGGUUCUACUUGUGCCAUCUUUGGCCUAGGAGGUGUUGGUCUUUCUGCUAUAAUGGGUUGUAAAGUAGCAGGAGCUUCCAGAAUUAUAGCUAUUGACAUCAACAGUGAGAAGUUUACAAAGGCCAAAGCCCUCGGAGCCACUGACUGCCUCAAUCCUAGAAACCUACAUAAACCCAUCCAGGAGGUCAUCAUUGAAAUGACCAAAGGAGGGGUGGAUUUUGCCCUUGAUUGUGCAGGUGGACCUGAAGCCAUGAGAGCAGCCCUGGACUGUACAAUAGCAGGUUGGGGAUCAUGUACUUUCAUCGGGGUAGACUCUGAAAUUAGAGGAUUGACUAUAUCUCCAGUGGAGCUCAUAAUGGGCCGUACCAUAAAUGGAACAUGCUUUGGUGGUUGGAAAAGCAUUGAUUCUAUUCCAAAGCUGGUUACUGACUACAAGAAUAAGAUAUUUGAUCUGGAUAUAUUGGUGACCCAUACCCUGCCUUUUGACAAAAUCAAUGAGGCAUUUGACCUAAUGAACCAAGGCAAAAGCAUUCGAAUAGUCCUGACCUUCUGAAGACACAAGGAACAAACUGGAAUCCUAUCUGACUGAAUCUGAACCUGUCUGGUUAAUUUAUAUCCUGUAACGAUGAGCCAAGAAUUGCCAUGAAUUUAAACAACUAUUUACAAUUAACAUCUCAACAUCAAAUA